AUGAAACGAGGUAGAAAAACAAGAAUUUCGACAGAGAAUAUAAGUCGAGAGCUCAUUUCCUAUAAAGAGCAAAUUAUACAAAAUAACAUUCUGAUAAAAAGUAGUAAUAUUAUAUGGGAACAUUUGAUCACCAAAUAUAAUUGGAAUAUUACGCCAAAAGCUUUGUGGACACGGAUUUUCAAAUACUCUCCAGAUUAUGAUAAGUUUUUUGAAUCCGGAUCAAAACAGCAUAAAAUGUUUUUUAUACCUAUUGAGCAAGAUAAUAUUAUUUCUGAUGAACAACUAUUUAACAGUGAGCAUGAUGAAUGUAAUGAUGAAAAUACAAUAAGAAUUUUAACUAUUUAUGUAUCAGCUAAAUUGUGGAAUGAAAUUCAAAGAGAUGAUGGAUUAAAAAAUAAACUAAAACCUGGUGUAUGGACUAACGUUAUUUCAGAUAUAAUUUACGAUACUCAUUCCAUUAACUGUGCUUGGUCUUUUAAGUCACAUGAAGUUACUACUUCUGAAUCGUCUGAAAUUUUUUUGUUUUUUCUGCUACUUGUACGGAUAGUGAAUGUGGAGUUAGAAUGA